UUACUCAUCAACAGAUAGCACGGAGAGUGCAAAAACAAUGCAGUCAGUCUACAAAACGCCUCCCAAACUGAAAACGCAUCCUAGCUGAGAUCCCACAACCCCCGAGUCGCAUCCCGCCCUCACCGAAAAACCGCACACCGCCCUUCCCCAAAUCGCGCCCGUCUGCCGUGUGCCGCUUCUCGCCGUCGGAGGCGAUGGAAGGCGAUGCGAGCAAGCCGCUGCUCGCAGCCUCGACCACCUCCGACGACAUCCCCGACGAACGGGCGCGCCGGGACUUGCCUCGUGGUGCUCCUCCGACGACCAAGGAGCAUCCGGCCUUCUCCUCCUCCCCUUCGCCGCCGCCUGCCGCGGCCGCGGGCACCCCGGCCUUCUCCUCCUCGCCUUCGCCGCCGCCUCCCGCGGGCAUCCCCGACCCCGAGGCCGCCUUAUCCUCCUCCGAGCUUUCGGCGCCGACUGCCGACCCCGAGGACCCGAGCAGCGCCAAGAAUUCUCCGGUGGGGCCCACACCGACGCCCUCCUCCCUCCCGCCAGCAGAUCCCCAGGCUCGCGUGGCCGCGGGCGACGGGUCAUCGUCUUCCGCGAGACAUUGGUGGAACUUCUCUGGCAGGGUGCGACCAAGGGGGCCGUCGCAGUCGCACCUUCCCGUCUUGGUUCACGGCGCUCAACUUCCCGUCCCCGCCCCGCGUCGCAGCAUCCACGAGUCCAUUCAGGCGCUCCGUCGCCAGGGACCAAGGCUUGACUCAGUUGGCGUUGAGAAGGUGAUCGGCCUAUUUGGUUUCUCCCUAUUCGGAUCCCUUUCCCUCUUGCCCUCCACCGCAGAGCGCGCCGCGAGCAAAGAUAACUUGACAGGCACACAGAGGGUCAUCCUCGUGCUGAGCUUCGCUUUGAUCUGGGUGCUGGCUAGCGUGGGGCUCUUAUGUGGACUGCACGGCAAGUCCAACUUCGAGCAGGCGGUAUGCAGGCUCACUGCUCGCCUAGGGAUUCUUGGACUGACACUACUAGUGGUUCUCCACCUCACAUGGAUGCUCCCGACCGGCACCUUUGCCACUCUGCUUCUACGUCUUCAUGAUCGCCGCUGUCAUACUUCACUUAGUGUCAUGGGUAACGAGCUGCCUAGUUGGCGAGGACAAGAUCGAGGAGAUUGCAGCAACAGAGCAGCGGUAGGCGAGGUCAGUAAAAGCGCAUGUUAACCACCUCCCAUGUGCAAGCUAGAGUGCAAGCCCCCUGCCAGCAUAGUCGUCGACCGUGGCAAAAGCACCUUCUGCAUUCGCCAUCAUCUGUAACUCAACUCAAACCUAGAUGAUACACACCUGUACUUACUGUCAGUGCUCACGUUAUUACUGUCGAACUACACGUCAAGCUCCAAUUGGCUUGAGGGGUGAGAUUUUUCUCGCUUUUAGGACGGAAUCAAUUGUUCCUUUACUCCCUAGGACCUUACACACCAAUAGGACCCAUUUGAGUUCUUCUUUCUUGCUCCGAUGCCGCAUUUUAUCCUUAAAAUGCCUGCAACAUGUACAAAUAGUAUACCAAUGAAGUGAAUACAACAGAAAUGCUGAAGAA